GGAAUAUUUUCUAGGAGGAAGUGCAUACCUCGGCUCUGCUUUGGGAGGAGGUAGAGGAGGAGGUAUAAAAGAGCUGCUCAGUUUAUCCACAUACCAUCCGACAACAUGAAGGUCCUGCUGCUCUCCAUGGUGAUCCUGCUGCUGUGUAGCACACAAGUGCUCUCACUAAAAUGCUACACAUGCCAGGAUGAGAACGACACUGUCUGUAAGACGGUGUCAGAGUGCCACAGCUCAAACGGGUACUGCAAGACCUACCAAAAAGGUGACAAACUUUCCCGAAGCUGUGAGGAGUUCUGUGCGGAGGAUUUCUUCACAGUCUGCUGCCAAGAGGACCUCUGCUAAAGCUGAAGCAUGGCUUAAAAAUGUCUUACUCCCUUAUGUCUACAAAACCUAAUAAUGAAAGAAAUGAGAUAAAAGCUACUAAAGUACAAGAUGAUUUGUUUACGUUUCAGAAUCCUGUGAUUAAUCCUGUACUUGUUUCUACUCUUAAAUAAAAGAUCACUAAUGAUGACCAAGA